AAGAUAUCUCUAGGUGUAGCCUCUGUGUUGUUUUACCUUCAUGAGGAGUGGGAGCAAUGCAUUGUCAACAGGGACAUCAAGGCAAGUUGAUGGUUCGCGAGCUAGGUCCCCAGACUACGGGAUUGGCUGGAACUUUGGGUUACAUGGCUCCUGAAUACAUAAGCACCGGAAGGGAUAGUAUAGAACCUGACGUCUGUAGCUUUGGAAUUGUUUUGGUAGAAAGUGUGUUCAAUGGCGGAUCUAGAAAAAAAAUUUAUCGGGAACAAAUAAUAAUUUAAAUAAAAAUUAUUAUUCAAUAAUUAUUAAAUAUUUUAUAAAUGCAUUUGUCAAUUUUAUAACUGAAGUAUACAAUAUAGUUUAAUAGGGACGCAAACCUCAUAUUUCUUUUUGUUUAUUAAUGUAAAUAAAAAAUUUUGAAUUUUGUAAAAACAAGUAUAAAAGCAAAAAUUUCAUGUUUUUCUUGGUGUGGCAAAUAUAAAUACAUAUACAUUCAGAUAAUAAAAAAAACUUUCCUCAAAAGAAGUAUUUUAUUUUUCACUAUGAGUGGAUAACUAUUUAAAAACAAUUUUAUCACCAUUGAGUAUAUUAUGAUAAACUAAAAAUGUUUAUUUAUUAGAUAAAUAGAUUUUAUUUGAUAUUUACAAAAUUCAUCAACAAGUUAUUAUUUAAGCAACAAUGAUUAAAUGUUCUCAAAUCAAAUAAGGAAUCGUGGUAAUGCUAUAAUAAAUAGCCUUUAAAAUAGGGAAAUGAUAUUUUACACUGAAAUUUGAGAACAUAUUAAGUUAGGGAGGGAGCAGAAACUAUUUUUCGACGGGGCAAAUUAAUUUUGCUUUUAACAUUUAAAGAAAAAUUUAAAAUUUUAUGGGGAGCAGCUGUCCCUCCUUACCUUAAGUAGAUCUGUUCCUGAGUGUGUUACAUGAAAGAAGUCGAUGGAGCCGAGACAAGGAAAAAUUGAGUCUGAGGCAAUUGUAAAGAGGGUAUGUGAGCUCUACGGAAGUGGAGAACUUAUUUCAGCCAGUGAUCAUCAAAUGUGUAAAGAUUAUGAUAUGAAACAAGGAGAGUGUGUUAUGAUUGUAGAGUUGUGGUGUGCUCAUCACCCUGAUAUAAACUCUAGAUCUUUAAUAAAACAAGCGAUACAAGUAUUGAAUUUUCGAGGCACCACCAUUGCCUAAUCUACCACACAAAAUGUCUUACAUAUCAUGUGUCAUCAUCAUCAUCAAGCUCAGGUGGGGUUAGCUACAACAACUUUUUAUAGCGCUCAACUUGGUCGCUGACUACUCCCAGCCUCAGUAGAUGUAUGCUUCUGUAUCCCUUUGCUCUGUUUCAUCUGUUGUCAUAUACUCUUUCCGUUUUUUAUGUUUGACGUUUUAGAGAUUUUUUUCCUUUUCCAAAUUAAAUAUUUUUCCAAUUUUCGAUAUAAUAUUUAUAUAAAUUAUGUUAUAUAUGACCAACGGUACUAUGCAAUAUAUUUUGUUAUUGGUCAAAUUAUGAUUAAGUGAAUAAUCAAUGGUAUUUUUGUUUAGAAAAUAUUUUGUUAUUCUAUAUGUUUAAUACUAAAAUGUUGUCUAUUAGAAUACGGAAUUAGUAUUUAAAUCUAUUGGUGUUUGUUCUCUUGUAGCCUCCUUAUUUCUUGUGGAAGUAUCUCUGUUUUGUGCACUUGGUUGUAUAGUUUGUUACCAACUUUCCAUAUCAAAGCUGAGCUGUUAUAAUAUUUUAUCUUUGCUUUGAAUCUUUAGGUUUAUUCAAGAAUCUUAACUUUUCCAGAUUUUACCAUAUUCUUGGAAGAGUUAAAAACAUAAUAAUGAGUAGGACAAAAAGUCAAACUGUUUGAAGAUUGUUGUACAGCGUGUUGGUUUGACUUGUGAUUCAAGAAAAGUAAACUAAUACGAAACUUCCUGUGAUCAAGCAUAACUGAUAGUGAUCUAUUGAAAAAAAAUAAGCCUGUUUUCUUGACCAUUCUUCUGGCUCUUGACUGGUUUUAUUUGAUGAUCAUAGAUCUUCUACAAUCUCAUCUUGUAAAUCUUUUCUUUCUUCCUUCUCAAUGGCCAAUUCUAUCUUGUUCAUUUCCCUUUUCAUCCUCUUCCCUUUUGUUGUUGAUUCACUUUACUUCAACAUCACCAGCUUUCAACCAGAUGAUCCUUCACAAAACAUAGUCUACCACGGUGAUGCAGCAGCCGAUGAAGAUGGGACGGUAAACUUCAACAGCGCUGCACGUACAUCUCAAGUUGGUUGGAUCACUUACUCAAAGGAGGUCCCUAUAUGGAGUCGUAGAACUGGUAACGCUUCAGAUUUCAACACCAGCUUCUCUUUCAAAAUCGAUGCUCGUAACCUCUCAGAAGAUAGUCAUGGUAUAUGUUUCUUUCUUGCUCCUGUGGGAGCUCCACUCCCUGCAUACACUCCUUCUGGUUUCUUGGGUCUCUUCGGUCCAAAUAUUGAUUACAAAUCUUCUUUUGACCUCGUUCAUAUCGAGUUUGACACGUUUAGCAACCCGGGUUGGGAUCCUAGGGACGUUGCAUCUCAUGUCGGGAUCAAUAAUAAUUCUCUUGAAUCUUCUAACUACACUUCUUGGAACGCAAGUUUGCAUAGUCAAGAUAUUGGUCAUGCACGUGUCUCUUAUGAUUCUGUUAACAAGAACUUGAGUGUGUCUUGGGGUUAUGAGCUAACAGCCUCUGAUGAUGAGAGUUCAAGCCUUUCUUACAUCAUUGACCUAGCUAAGGUUCUACCAUCAGAAGUUAUGUUAGGGUUUAUAGCAGCUGCUGGAUUAAACACAGGUGAACAUAGACUCUUGUCUUGGGAGCUUAGUUCAAGUCUAGAUCCCGAGAAAGCCGACAACAAGACAGGACUGGUUAUUGGCAUUGCGGUUGCUGUCUUUGUUCUAGUGACGGUUCUUGUCAUCUCGACCGUUGUGGUUUGGUCGAGGAAGAGGAAUUCAAGAGAGAUAACAAACAUGGUAUCAUCAUCAUCAAUAAACGAAGACCUAGAAAAGGAAACAGGAGGACCAAGAAAGUUUUCUUACAAGGAUCUUGUGUCAGCAACAAACGGAUUCUCACACCAAAGGAAGCUAGGUGAAGGAGGCUUUGGUGCGGUGUAUAGUGGGAACUUAAAACAAAUCAACAAGAUGGUCGCGGUGAAGAAACUAUCUUGCGGCUCAAGGCAGGGAAAGAAAGAGUUCUUAAACGAAGUUAAAGUCAUCAGCAAGUUAAGACAUCGAAACCUAGUGCAACUCAUUGGUUGGUGUAAUGAAGAAAACGAGUUCUUGCUUAUAUAUGAGUUAAUGCCAAACGGUGGCUUGAACUCUCACCUCUUUGGUAAAAGGGAAGGGACACUAUCUUGGGACACAAGGUACAAGAUAGCUCUUGGUCUAGCCUCUGCGAUACUUUAUCUCCAUGAGGAAUGGGAUCAGUGUGUACUACAUAGAGACAUCAAGGCAAGUAAUAUAAUGCUUGACGGCGACUUCAACGUCAAGUUAGGUGACUUUGGGCUUGCUAGGGUUAUGAGUCAUAAGCUUGAUUCUCAUAAAACAGGAUUAGCUGGAACGUUUGGAUACAUGGCACCCGAGUAUGUUAUGACAGGUUGUGCAAGUAAAGAAUCUGAUAUGUAUAGCUUUGGGAUAGUGUUACUAGAGAUUGUCUCGGGGAGAAAAUCGUUGGAGAGAAGGAAAGAAGAUGAAGAAGAGGAAGGGAACAGUGAUGAUGAUGAUUCGGAGAGUGAUGAGAAGAGUCUUGUGGAGAAAGUGUGGGAGCUUUAUGGGAAGAAAGAGCUGUUGAGUUUAGGUGUAGAUGAGAAACUUGGUGAUGAUUUUAAUAUAGAAGAAGCCGAGUGUCUUCUAGUUUUGGGGUUAUGGUGUGGUCAUCCUGAUAAAAGUUCGAGACCAUCGAUAAAACAAGCGAUACAAGUUAUGAAGUUGGAGUCACCAUUGCCUGCUAAUCUUCCGUUGAAGAGGCCUGUUGCUACGUAUUACAACUCGGCUUCUUCUUCUUCUCCUCCUUCGGUUAACUCUAGUAGAGCUUCGAUAACGUUCUCGAGUAAGGAAUUUGGUCGUUAGCUUAAGAUUUGAGAUUAACUCUUAAGUUCUUACACUUACUAUCUCUGUGCUCUCUUGUUUUAUUUUUGUUAUAAUUGUUUAUGCUCUUGAAGUGUGUCUAUUCUUUGUGGGAUUAUCGUUAAUCCCUGCAUUUUUUAACUGUUUUUCUUUAUAUAUGUAGUUGUGAAAAAAACUCUUUUGUUACGUAUUCGUUUUGGAGACGAGAAUGUGAAAAAAUAAUAAAGUUCUCAUGAUAGAAAGCUUUUUGUCAAAUUGGAUGUUCCUUUGUCUUCUCUCUGUCUCUUCUUUCUUCUUAUGGGUUAUGUUCGAAUUAGUCAUUUUCAGUAGCAGUUUUUUUUCAAUUUCAAUGAAAUGUUGUAGAAAAAGAUGUAAAUGUGUUUUUGUCAUAAAGUUUGACGACUAAGGUUUAAUAAAAAGCGUCCAUAGUAUUGUUCAACUUAUGAUAGGUGGAAUGUUGAUUGGUAUGGUCCGAAUAGCCACCAGAGGGUCCACAUAGGUAGUCUCUUUCGAUAGUCCUAGACCCAUAUAAGUAUAUAGCCCAUCUUUAGGCUAUUCUCAGAACAAAGCCCAAAUAAAUACUAAUGGGCUUCCGCGAAUCAGCUCUCUAUCCUUUUCAGUUCUCGUGAUUAGCUUCACUCACAUGUUUCAUUUCCUCUCUUCUGUUCUCUUGUUACAAGAUCCCUCGUAGAUAAUUAUGAUCUCGGACAGAGCUCAUAAACAUAAAUGUCAAACAGUUAAUGAAAAGUCAGAUCAAAUUACGGCCGGAAUAAAUGGGAACAUGGCGGGUAAAUCAGGUGGUAUAGUGUAUGGCUGAUGGCUCUACAACGUUUGAUAACGAUAUUACAUUUGACCAAUAUCUUUAAUGAAACUGCUAUUUUUUUUACCUUGAGUCAUUUUGUGUCAUGUCUCUUUCUUGCUUUGAACAAAUAUAUUAGAAAGUCCGUAAUAAAUUUUAUACGCCUGUUACUUUCGAGAGAAUCUAUAUUUUUAUAAGCUCCUUUGAUAACUCGUAGAUAUAAAGUGGUGAGGUUAGAACGUCUAAUUCUAUCAUAGAUUUUUAGUUUUCUAUUUGAAAAUUCCUAUUUAGUUUUGUUCCUUGUUAAUUACCUUCAACAGUAAAUGUUGGGAGAAUGGCUAUUAAUGGUUAUGCAUAUGAAGAAUAGUUUUAAAAUUAAACCGGGCGUGUAGGAUUAUCAUCAUUUUCAAUUUGAGGUAGAUGGUUUUUUUUGGGGGGGGGGGGGGGGGGGGGGGAGAUUAUUAUGAAGUGGCAGAAAAGACAGAACAUCUAUGACUGAACAAAUCGGAUAGAAUUUGUUAUGUGUGUCUUGUUUCUAUUGUUGUGGUAAGUUUUUUUCUCUGUGUAUGCGCUGCACCAAUCUUUAUACGUAGACUAGAUAUUAUAUACUCCUUUAUACAUGCAGCUAUACUUAUAGCUUUCGGCCAGAUAAUAUUAGUUUUUAACUUUCUGACAUUUUGUGAAGUUAUUUCCUUAAUAUAAACUUGACCAUUAAUUCCUAAAAGAAUUCUCUGACAUCUUUUGUAACGCCUUUUCUUCUCCUUUUUUCUAUUGUAUGAUCGCUAGUAAUGCAUAUGAUUAAAUGUACACUAUUUGACAUUUGCUGAGUAGUUGAAGUGAAUUGCCAUCAGAAUCAAAUUCAAUUGUUUUCUUUUUGUAUACGUAUUAAAUUCCAGUUACACAAUUGUUGAGGCAAUGUCCUUCAAAAAAGAUAUACUACGGCAUUUCUAUACACACAUAUAGAUAAUAUAUAAAUAUGCUGACAAAAAAAUAUAAAUAUUGUAAUAAGUAAUACGUCCAAAAAUAAAAAGAGAAGAUUGUGUUUCGAUGAUUGAGUAAACGUCUCCAUCUGUGAAGAAACACGAGAGAACGGAGAAGAUAAAAUGGGAAACAUGUGAGAGCUUGAAGAAUGGAUCUCUCGUGAGACUUAACCGAUCAUCCUCUGCUACAUUUUUUGUUUUGUUUUUAACUUACAAUAAAUCCAAAGACUUUAACUAUAAAGAAAUUUACGAUGAACUAAUCAAAUGUAAUAAAGGAACACCAUAGAGAUGUAUAACAUUUUCUAAUACAUAUGUGGCCAACAAAGUUAAAAAGUGUUUAAUUUUAUCUCAAAGAGUUUACUAAAACAUGUUAAAUACAUAUUUAAUUUGUUUGCAAAAAAAAAAAAAAUACUACUCUUGUAUAAUCGUUACCAACAAAAUUUACAUCCAACACAGCUAUCACAAUUUGAUUUGUUAUAACAUAAAUAUUGAGUUUUCAAAUUUAUAUAGAUUAUGUUUAUAAUUUUUUGUGUUACCAUAAAUUUUGUGUAAA